AUGCCCUCCGCCAGCGCCCAUACAGCGUCCGUGUCCCAUAAUCAAGACUCUGGUCCGCCUCCCGGCGCCAUGAAUGCCAAUGUCAGCGCCAGCAACCGCAACGUUAUCUACCCCGGUCAAUCUGGCGGCAGCGGCGGUCACAGCCGCCGCUCGUCCACCACCGUCGAAGACUAUUCGCGCAUCAUGCUCGAGUACACCCAACGCCGCAUGGCCGGGUUUGCAGAUCGCCCCGGUGACAGCGGCAGAAGGUCAGCCACUAGCCGCAGCAGCAGGAGCAGUAACACCAGUGGCCAGAGCGGCACUUCGAUGAGCGGCUUCCUAGCAGGACAAGCAACGGGCCCGGGCCCUGGAUCUGGCUCUGGCUCUGCACUGACUGGCCGCACCCAUUCUCCGGCUGAUUCUAAGAUCCGCCAUGUUGACUUUGGCGCGGGGGUCUCGGAUGGCGAAUAG